AUGUCGCGCUCCUUUCUCAUGGACUCUCUGCUCAGCGAUAUGCCGCCGCAUAGCAAAAAGGAGCCUCUACGUUCGCCCACGGCUGCGAGCGCAGCUGCCGCCGCCGUUGCUGCCGCAGCCAUGUUGCCGAAUAUCCCGAUGCUGCCAUAUCCAGCCAGCUAUGUGGGCAGCUACCUCUUCUCCCUGGGCAUACAACAACAACAGCAGCAACAACAACAGGCAGCCGCCGCUGCAGCCGCAGCCCUGCAGCAGCCCCAAGCAUCCUUAUAUCAUCCGUACGCCCAGCUAUUUGCGCCCAAACGCAAGUCGAGCAGCUUCGGCAGCUUCGACAACUGUUAUCCUUCGCCACCACUCUCCGCAAACGCCACCAGCGCUGCCCCUCAGCUCCCACUGCCGGUGAUGCCACCCACCAGCAUGUACAGUGGGGCGCACAACCUGCCUCUGCCCGAGCCCGGCAGCUUCUGCACCUCGCCUUCAGCCUCCUCGUGUGCCUCGUUGGACUUCAACAAUCACGACGAGCCGCAACUGAAACGCUUCAAGCACGAGUCCUCCUGCUCCCCCGCCAGCUCACCCAUCAAGACGCAGAACACAGCCAACCAGCCAGCUGUGGACAUCACGCCCCUUAUCAGCGACUAUGCGGACUCGAGCAAACGCAUUCGGACGGCCUUCACCAGCACGCAGCUGCUCGAGCUGGAGCGCGAGUUCUCUCAGAACGCUUAUCUGUCGCGCCUGCGCAGAAUCGAGAUUGCCAACCGACUGCGUCUAUCAGAGAAGCAGGUGAAGAUUUGGUUCCAGAAUCGUCGCGUCAAGCAGAAGAAGGGCGGCUCAGAGAGUCCAACUCUAUUCAAUAUGUCUGCGAACUCCAGCAGUCCGCUCGCCUCACCAAACUGUGCCUGCAAGCCCGAUCAGCAGCAGCAGCAUCAGGAUAACAAAUGCUGUGAGGUGAAAGCUAGUGCCUAG